AUGCAGUCCAUCAUCUCCGCUUUACCUCUCUUCACCCCAAGCAAGCGGGCCAGAGCCUCACCACGGGUUUCACUUGGAACCUCUCCCAGCAUUGCAGGCCCAGACUCACCGCGGCUGAAAAAGACUACUCCUGGGUCGACAAAACGACGGUCGCUUGCCAGGAGAUUGACGAGCGACGAGACUCUGCAGAAGGAGUAUGAAGACAGUGGUGAAGCUUACCAGGCGAAUGACACAGUGGGAGACUCGGUGCAGCUGGAACAACAUGAGGUGGUGUCGGCAUCGACGCCUCGCGCGGCAACCAGCGCGAUGAAUGUGGUAGCAACAUCCUCGGCAAGGCCGCCAAUGCGGACUGGACGCAUCUCAGAGAUUCUGUGUCGGGCUGACAUAGGAACGGAGGAGACUGAGGAGCCGCAACUGGACGAAGAGGCUGGGGCAGCCGAUAAAGCGGAAGAAGUAUACGGCUUUGAAGGCUUCGUCGGAUAUCGCUGGGUCGGUCACUCCAUCGAGAUCCAGGUGAAAUGGGACAGCGGCGAAACCACCUGGGAGCCCGAGGCGAAUCUGCACCACGAUUGCCCCGAGGCCCUCUUUGAGUACUGGCGCACACAUCGGGGCCGGCUCAAGAACCCGGCAGACCCGGAGAUGUACGAGGUCUUUUCCAUUCUCAAGCACAACAAGAUCCGGAGCAAACUGCUGGUCGAGUGGACUGGGUUUGAGCGUUCAGAGGCAACAUGGGUGCCGCGCAAAAUCGUCGAGGAGACGGCAAAGGAUGUCGUUGAUGCCUACUUUGAUGGCGCCAAGACGAAGAGUAGGAAGAAGUGA